AUGAGGAUUCACUGGUACGCGAUACCUCUCUUGCGUCUUCAAUUGAAGAGCGACUCGCAAAGGAAAGGGAAGACCCGAGUGAGACAGAAGAGGAAUAGACGUAUUAGUUUUGACAACUUCUGAAGUUGGAGUCGUUUUUUGACGCGGUCUGACAUGGCGAAGUCACCCUAGCGCGCGCGCCCCUCUUAUCUCGCCACAUAUCUUUUUGAUAUUUGAUAAUAGGGAGAUGAAGCCACCCAAAAAAACCUACCAUUAUCCGCAUCCCCCUUUCACCACAGUGUCUUUCUCUCAUUCAGGCCCGUUGCUCAUAUGUUUAAUUAACUAGGCUGAUGUGUAAGUACCUUCAGCCAGCGAAGCGUGGGCGGACGGGCUGCGGGGUAAAGAGGCUGCCGGAGAAUAUUUCCUUAUUCCUUUCCGGCCCGGGCGCUUGCUCUUUUGCUGGAGCUUCACCUCCAUCGAGCGACUUCGAAAGCUACAAAAAUAACUCGACCGCUUUCAACUUCUUCCGAAUUGUUUGGUGCGUUUUUUUGGAGUGCUUUGCUCGCCGGAGGACGCGUUAGGGGGAAGUAGAAGAAAGACGGGUGAGUGAGGUAAAGAGAGGGAAGGACAGAGUGUGUGUGUCUGUGUGAGUGUGUUUUGAUGUUAUUUGUGACGGAAUCCCCUCUCCAGUCUCCAAGAAUCCGCGAGCGACGCGAGGAGGAGGAGGAGGAGGAGGAGGAGGAGGAGGCGCGCGGACCUGUCCACGAGCCCUCACUGCGGAACGCGCGGGGCUGCCGCUGGAGAUUCCAAAAUCAACGAUUAUUUUGGAUUCAAGAGAGACUAACUCUUCCCCGUGCGUCAAAGGCUUUUUAUCCCCCCCUUUCCCUGGUCCGUCCUUGCUGUUAAAUGGACGGUGUUUGACGUCUUCAACGAGAGGAAUACUACCUUUUUUUUUUUUUUUUUUUUUUUUUUUUUUUUUUUAACCGGGGGUGAGGUGCUGGUGUAGGGGAAGGUCUUCAGAGGCAGACAGGUGGAUUUAAUCGUGGUGUGUUUUUUUGGGGGGGGAAAAUUGGAUGGAGGAGAAAUUGAUGGAUUAAUUUGACGGAGGACAGUUGUUUGUGUGAUUAUCACUGCUGCCGAGGGCACCCGAAUGGAGUAACAGGCUGCAAUGUCAUCUCCACCUGGCCGCCUGGAGAGAUGUGUCACGGGAAUGGGAUCAAGUUUGAACACUUUUCCUCUGACUUCACUGACUCUGUGAGAAGGCACCAAAAUGUCAGUAAACGGACGGGCCACGGUGGCUGCCUGCACCGGUCCCCAUACCACGGCAGAAAAACUCAACAUUCAUCACACGGACUCCGAAGAAGAAGGCGCAAAACCUCCACGACCGCAAACCUGCUGCAGCCACGCUUUGUGACACUGAAGGGUAUGAUGGGUGUAGUGGGCUGGAUGCUGCUCCUACUCUCCCAGAUGAUGGUUCCUGUGGCAUCCCAGAAGCCGCCAGGGCUCAGUGUGGGUGUGAUUAUGGGCCAGACACGCCACCUUUCCGAUCAGGAGCUCCGCCCAUCCCGGCGCCCUGAUGAUGCCCUUGACGUCUCUGUGGUGAUACUAAGGAUCAAUCAGACGGAUCCAAAGUCUGUGAUUACACAGGUGUGUGAGCUUGUGUCACGCACUCGUCUCCACGGCAUCGUGUUUGCCGAUGGCACUGAUCAGGAGGCUAUCGCUCAGAUCCUUGACUUCCUCUCAGUUCAGACGCAGCUUCCAGUCCUGGGAGUCCACGGGGGCUCCUCUAUGAUUAUGGCUGACAAGGUGAGCUAUUGUGACACACAG